GCCAUCCAAGUAUGAGGACAUUAUUCAUUUAUGCUUUACUCAAGAGAGCUACUUUAACAAGAAAGAAAAUGCACGUCCCACCUUCGUUCCUUCUCCCUAAAGUAAUAACCUCCUCCAAAAGACAAGCACUAACACAUUUGUCCUUGAAAGGCGGAGCCCAGGAAUUCUGGAGCUCUGGACACCCGCUCCCUUUCUGCGAGGGACCAAAACUCCUGCCUCACUUGGUGUCACAGAAGUCCCCGGUGCGCCAAGCAAAUGUGUUUACUUCUGCUGCCCGCCAGGCCGGCGGAGAAGGAGAGUACCCUGGCCGCGCCACACUUUCGCCCCGGCAGCUUUCCAAACAAACCGGGGCGGGAUGGGAGUGUCUUCUUGGCUGUGGAACUCGAUCCUCCUACCUUGUCCUGAAGCCACCCGCUGCUUUUCCCCGGCCCUCCCUUCGUGGUGAUUUUCCUGUCCGGGACGCCCGGGAAGGGCGCGCGGCCGGUGUCCCCCCAGCCCGAAAGGUACGGGCUCGGCUGCUUUCCCGCCUCCCUGCUCCGGGGACGGAACCCCCAGGCUCCCUCUGCAUUGCACCUUCCUCCGUGAACUUGGGGGCGGCCGUGGUCACCGCGCGUCUGGCGCCAGCAGCCGAGCAGGAGGAGUUUCCCCGCGGCUCCGGAGGCGCUCGGCGCAGUCGCCUGGGACCCGGACCGGGGCGCGCAGGGUAGCGCACCGCUCGUCAGGCGCCUUGGACUCCCGCGGCUCCCACGCCUGGUCCGUGGAGAAGGAAUCGUGCCCGCGCCGCCCCUGACCCGGGCCACCUUCCUCCGGUUUCCGCCGGCCUCGGGCUUCGGCGGCCCGAUGCGGCAGGCGCCGCAGCAGGCGGCUGGAGCGAGCGGCGGUGGGUGGAGAGCAGCGGGCCCCCAGCCGCCGAGCCCCGCACGCCUCUGCAGUCUCCGCUCCUGGGCCUUGGCCGGAGCCUGAGCUGGAUCCGGUGGAUCGCCAGUCAUGAGCUCUAGUAACGUAAUAUACGCUGCUGGUUUUGUUCUUGGAUUUUCGUUUUGUUUUUGGUAAUUUCAUCACCCUGUCAAGCAUUUUGGGAGGGGUCAGAACACUUGUAAGUGAAGAAGCAGCCCAACCCUUUGUCUUGGCUUAUUUCUAGUGGACAGGCUCUGACAAUUUAGCAGACAGGCUCCCGGGCCUCUGGGACCCUUACCACAUCCUUCACCUUCAGGAGCAGAGUGCCUUUGGGAAACAGAUUCCUAAAAGUGCAGGUUGUCCGAGACACCCGUCAUUUGGGAUCAUCUACCUAACAGUUCAAAGAGGUGGGCCAGCCAUGAGAGGGUACCUUGUGGCCAUAUUCCUGAGUGCUGUCUUUCUCUAUUAUGUGCUGCAUUGUAUAUUAUGGGGAACAAAUGUCUAUUGAUAAAAAAAAUUGAUGCUUCCGAAUUUAUUUCACUACUGGUUGAUUGAAAAAUUAUUGUAAUACUCUUCAUGGAAGGAAGUUAGGCAAAUGGUCACUGGGAAAACCCAAUGCCAGUUACGAAGCUGGUUAAAUCUGGAUCCUGUCACCCUGUCCCCUUCGCUUAUUCUUGUUGUCGUGCUUUGUCUUGUUUCACAAUACCCUUUUAAAUUGUGGAGACAAGCACUCCAUUCAGGAGACCCAGAAGGGCCUAACCUGUGCCAAGAAUAGAGGAGAGUUCCAUAGGACUCUGAAAAGUGUGAUUUGUGGAGGGCAGAUCACAAGGCUGCAUCUGCAGGUCUGUGUUUCUGUGGUAGGUGUCCCCAGAUGUGGCAUGGAGGACAGAGACAGCCAUGUGCACGGGCGUGUGUGGGGUUUCUCAGGCUCUGGGUGGGCCGGGGCGGGGGGGACUUCUAAAAAGUCAGCCUGCUUGGGGCCUCCACAGUGUGGUAAUCCUAGCCCUUCUUGAAGGCUCUUUGUUCACCGCUUGUUGAAUUACUUCCGGGCUGCUUGUCGCCUCAGCCUUUCUCACUCUCUUGCCGUGUAUCCAUGCAUCCUCAAAUCCGUGCAGGGUCCUGUCCUCCCUCAAGGGCUUCUGUGAGAGCUGUUAAUUCCAUGCCUGGGAAGCCUCUGGGUGGUGGCACUGAGCCGAUUCCCAGGGCAUUUGUUUUCCUUUGGGCGGGCUGCCUGGUUCUGGUUUCUGGCUGACUCUAUUUUUGUCUCCUAGGGUACCACCUGUGGAAAUGAAGCGGAGAAAUAAGAUCCAGCCUUGUUUAUCAAAGCCAGCUUUUGCCUCUCUCCUGAGGUUUCAUCAGUUUCACCCUUUUCUGUGUGCAGCUGAUUUUAAAAAGAUUGCUUCCUUGUAUGGUAGCGAUAAGUUUGAUUUGCCCUAUGGGAUAAGAACAUCAGCGGAAUAUUUUCGACUUGCUCUUUCAAAACUGCAGAGUUGUGAUCUCUUUGACGAGUUUGACAAUGUGCCAUGUAAAAAGUGCGUGGUGGUUGGUAAUGGAGGAGUUUUGAAGAAUAAGACAUUAGGAGAAAAAAUUGACUCCUAUGAUGUAAUAAUAAGAAUGAAUAAUGGUCCUGUUUUAGGACAUGAAGAGGAAGUUGGGAGAAGGACCACCUUCCGACUCUUUUAUCCAGAAUCUGUUUUUUCAGAUCCCAAUCACAAUGAUCCUAAUACUACGGCGGUUCUCACUGCUUUUAAGCCGCUUGAUUUAAAGUGGCUGUGGGAACUGCUGACGGGUGGCAAAAUAAACACUAAUGGUUUUUGGAAGAAACCAGCCUUAAACUUGGUCUACAAACCUUAUCAAAUCAGAAUAUUAGAUCCUUUCAUUAUCAGAAUGGCAGCUUAUGAACUGCUUCACUUCCCAAAAGUAUUUCCCAAAAAUCAGAAACCCAAACACCCAACAACAGGAAUUAUUGCCAUCACGCUGGCCUUUCACAUAUGUCAUGAAGUUCACCUUGCUGGUUUUAAAUACAACUUUUCUGACCUCAAGAGUCCUUUGCACUAUUAUGGGAAUGCCACCAUGUCUUUGAUGAAUGAGAAUGCGUAUCAUAAUGUGACAGCGGAGCAACUCUUUUUGAAGGACAUUAUAGAAAAAAACUUUGUAAUCAACUUGACUGAAUAUUGACUCUACAGACUCAGAAGACGACGCUAACAGUAUUAGUUUUAUUUUUAUACGGCAAUUUUUAGUUUAUUUUUAAAUAUGUUGGAUGCACUUGUCAAAAAAUUGUGUAUAUUAAGUCUUACUGCCUGGUGAUUCAUAACCACCAGCUUAAUUUUUGUGUAUAUAUUUAAUUUAUAAAAACCAAGAUAUGCUUAGUUAAGAUAUCAGGGAAAGAAGUUUUGAUUGCAUUGUUUUUAAAACAAGUUAGUUUUCCAAAGUGUUUUUAAACAUCUUUUUAUAAUUAGCUUAUCUUAGACUUUUGAGAGGAUGUGACUUCCUAAUAAUGGGCUUUAUUUAGUUGACCACAAGUUUUGAACACAACAUUUGGCUACUGUAAACUGGUGGGGAAUGGCCAUGUGGUUGUGCCUUGAUUCGGCAAACUGCAACCACUUUAGGCAUGUAGCUAGAUGAUUGUUCCUUUUUGUUGUAGCUGAGGAAACAGAUUUGAAUCUUAAAGCAGCCCUGAACAUAGCAGUAGGUAUGGUUAUGGAAAUCUAAGAUUAUACUGUUUUCAUUAAGCUUUUUUUGUCUUGCAAUUAAGUGAACUGAUUAUAAUGAGUCAUCGGAUAGAAGGAAGGUGAUGUUUUUAAGGUGAAGGAAAUAGGCUAAACAUGAAAUUCUGAACAAGUGAAUAAUCUAAGAAUGCAAUUACUAAAGUCUGGUGACUGCAUUAUUUUAAAACUCAUACAAAGUGGCUGAGCUAGGCAAGCUCAAGGAGACCAUUCUUAAAUUUUCUGCCUGGCUUAAUAAAAUUUGGAAAGUUUACUAUUUGAAUUAGGAAAAAUGAAGAUAAAUCCUUGAGACUCCUCAAGCUGUUUUUUGGAUUUAAAUGGAAAUUUCAUGAACAACGUCAAUUCUUCAAAGGGAAGGCUUACCUGGCUGCCUAGGGUGCAUCAGAGAAGAGUCCUACUGGAUGCAAACAAGUCAAAACCAACCUUUCGAACAAAUGUGAGCUAGUGACCCUUCUCAUUUAAUACAGCCUAGGGCUAUGGGGAGGGAAAAAGGAAGAGAAGAGAAUUACAAGAGGGAUGGAAUUAAAAGUUCUCAGAAGAGGUAAGAGUUGAAAGAAUUAUCUUUUGAACAAUAAUUAUCAUUGGGAGACAUGGCUGGUGUUACCCGAAACCAACCUGCCUCUCUAAAGAGUAUGUCAAAUGCAGUAUAAGGGGGGAAAAACUCCGGGUUGAUUUAAGCCAGAUCUGGACAUUAAGUACGGACUGUGUUCUGUUAGCACGAGCAUGCUGGUACCGUGGUUUCACUGGAUUCCUCUAAUAACUCUGAGGUGGAAAAGAUGGGUGUUCACGCGACCCUUCCCUCCUACCACACAGCCAGAGUUUACCACACAAAAUGCAGUUUGUGAACUAAUUUAGGCUUCAAAAACGGAUGGUCCAGGCUGGAGUAAAAGGAAAAAAAACCCUGGUAGCAUUUUCAAAUGUUACUGUAACGUCUAGAAUAAUGGCAGUACAAUUUCUGAUCGAUGCUAAAACUGAGGAAUCUGGCAUUUUGUGUAGUAUGAGAAAAGGCUACAAACUUGAACGUGGUUUUAUAUAAGCCAAAAGAAAUUCUCAGCAAGACACAUAUAUACAAUUUAUUAAAAACACAUGACACAUUAAGAUCUCACUAUUUAUACAAUCUAAAUUCUAGCAACAUAUACAAAUACUGAGUGACUACAGUACAUGCCGAGGUAAGAAAAGUACAUUCUGGGAGAAUAUCACUGACCCUCAAACCAUUUUUAUUUCCACUAUGUAUUUCAAUGUUUUGUUUCCACCUUUCCCAGUGCCAAAAAACCCCCAAAAAACUAGUCACAAAUUGGAGUAAAUAAUUGGUGCCACAGUUGAACUAAAAAGUAUUUUAAUAACCAUCCAACACUUACUAGAUUUUGCAGUUUAGGGACUUCAAGUUCAGAACAGAAAAGCAGAGCUAAAAGGCAGUUUUUUUUAAAGGUAGAGCUUAACAGAUUUCUCUUAAAAGGGUUUGAAAAGUUUUUGUCCCACAAUCUUAGUUCUGUCCUCUGACCUGGUGUUUCCAUAGCCCUUAUGCUCUCCAGGUGUCAAUGUGGGGCCAAGGCAAAGAAGUUCAAGCUUUCUCACCUUCCACAGAAUUUUAGAUGAGUGCAUUUUCUACUGGGGCAGGGGAGGACAAGAGUGCACAUGACGCCAUAGUUUCAACUGCUGUAUAAAUUCUCCACACAAACCAUUUCAUCAGCGGAUAAACCCAUUGUUCAAUGCAAAGUGCAAAUAGUGAAACAUGAAUUUAAAUAACUGGACCAGACCCUGCACAUACAAUAGGAUCUAUUUGGUGUUAGAGCUUUUAAUAAAAUAUAAAUCAGCAUUCACAAUUAUCUUUAACUGUGCUGGUUCCUAAGAUCAUGUAACAGUGAAGUUGUGUGACUUUAUGAAAACCUGUAGGGGCCACACUUGCUGUACCACUGAUUCGAUUUUUAUCACUGUGUUAACAGGAAAAAAAUCCAAUAAACGAGACUGAAGUCUUUAACAUGUUUCAAGCAAAGAAUAAAAAUUCAAGGGAAUUUAGUAACGAAAAAAAAAGUUACUUUCACAUUUUCAGUUGAUUGUCUCCACAGCUGCAUCAGACAUAUAAAUGUAGUUAAAACCCAAAACAAAACUCUAAUAUGAAAACAAAUGAACUAAAAGUAUAAAAUCAGAAUAACCCUUUGUAUCAGGCUCAGCUCUUCAUUUGGAAAGUAAAAUAUACAAAAGCAAUAAAAACCAUUUUGUAAAAAUCAUUGGUAGUUCAAGGACCGCACAGUGGCAAAAACAUGCAUCAUUUAAGAAGAAAACAUUUGCCUCUCAAAAAAAAGUUCCAUGGGAAAAUCAGGUGCACAAAAUUAAAUAAAAACAAGCAUCUUUGGGAAAAUGAGAUCGUUUCUCUUAAAGCUUCUCAAACAGGCAUGUGAUUGGAGAAGUAUAUUCAUUGUGUACUGAGGAUAAAUAAAAAAAUAAAUUGGUUUACUCUCUUCCCACCUGAAAGGGGAUGACUGCAUUAAUACAUGUGCUUUACACAUUCAUGUCUUAAUAAAGUUCAACAUCUGUG